AUGGCACUCAACGCAGCAGACCGCAAGCUGUACCGCCGAGAUGUCGCAGCAGACGGCACAGUGCUGGGUGACGACGGCCGAGGAAAUCUCAUAAAGAAUUAUCUACCUGAGCCUCAUACACUACGGAAACAGCCCUCCUCACCCAAAACGACUGCGGACUUCCUCACGACGAGCGCUUCGAGUCCCACAAAGGAGACGAAAGGCACAACCAAAAUGAACAAUCUCCCCUCAGUCCGGCCACACCAACCAUCCAAAAACUCAACCACCUCCAAACCCACAACCUCGCACUCAGCAGCAUCGCCCCCAACGAGAAGCAGAUGGCACAAGCGCCGCAUCCGCCCCCUCCUCACCCAACUCCUGCAUGUCCUCCUCUACCACGUCAUCCAACUCCUCUACGGCAUCCUCUUACGCAUCUCAUACACCUGGGCCGCAAUACGGCACCGCCUGAUCGCGCUGCGCCACUACCACCACCGCUCGCCAGAAUAUAUUGCGCGAGACGUGUCCAAACUAUCCCGUGUGCCCGAUCAUCUAAGUGUUGUGCUCAAGUACAGACCCGAGGAAAGAGGUGGGGGUGGUGCAGAGGGCUUGGUGGAGGAGGUCAGCGAACUCGGCGCGUGGUGCGUCGCGGCGGGGAUAGGGUUGUUGAGUGUUUAUGAGAAGCAGGGGGUGUUGAAGGGGCGGAGAGAGCGUGACGUUCUGGAAAGAGUGGUAGAGCAGAAGCUGGGGGAGUGGUUUGGGGAGGGGAGCGCUAGGCCGACUUUCAGGAUUGUCGCUGCUGGUGGCGGGAACGGCGGUGGUCAUACAACCAGUACUGGGAGCCAUACAGCUACGGGUGAGGAGGGGCUAAGAAAGCGAGGCACCACAACGACAAGCAACGGCAACAGUGCAAUCGACUCAGGAAAAGGCCAGCAACAGACACCGAGAAUACAUAUCGACAUUCUCCUCCUUUCCGAAUCCGACGGCCGCGAUACUCUCGUCGACCUCACUCGGACCCUGACCGAGAUGGCCCAGGCGAAGAAGAUCCGCCCGAAGGACAUCACUUCGGAGUUGAUCAAUACUGAAAUCUCGGCUACGACCGCCGUCCCUGACUUGCCAGCCUCCUAUUCCCAGCAGUCAACUGACCUCCCUACUUCGUCGCCGACUCCAAAGCAACAGAAGGAAGUCGCCCCCGGCGAGCCUGACCUAGUCAUCAUCUUCGGCCCAACGGUGAAGCUUGAUGGGUACCCGCCGUGGCAGAUCCGCCUCUCAGAAAUAUUUUGUACCGGUGGCGAUCCGAGUAAAGAGGCGGAAGCCCCCACAAGGGUCGAGUACCAGGCUUCCUGA